AUGAAGAUAGAAGAGUUUAAGAGAACAGACACCACAGUCCUUCUGAUCCUCGUAAAGAAAAUUAUUCCAUGUGGUCAUUCAUCCAAAGCUUUUGAAGUAUUAGCGUUGGUGCUUUCCACCUUGGUUACAGUCCCAUCCACAAUCACAGUGCUGGAAGCCCAUCAUGAUCGAGAUUAUUUAAGGAACAAGUAUCCCGAAUUUAUGAAGCUCCUUACAGAAUUGUGUACCACAGAUAGGAAGGAACAAGUACUGGUCCGUCUUUUGUGUUAUUGUGUUCUUACCUUACGCAAUGCCGAUGGAGAGGCAUUCAUAUUGGAAAGAAAAGAGAGGCUCAUUGCUCUGUGCCAAGAGAGAGUGUCGAAAAUGCAAGGAUCUACCCCAAUGUUCUUUUUCUUACUUUCGGAAACAGUUCAGCAAGCUGUAAUCGAGGAAAUCUAUUCUGCAAUGUUCUCAGAAGUUGUGGGAAACAUUGGUCAUGAGGAUGUUCAAGGAAACAAAACAGGAAAGUCUAAAAGAAAGAAGAAAAAGAACAAGAACAAGAAUAAGAACAAUGGUAAACAGGAAGCAACCGUAUUGUGCGCGUCUGAAACUGAGCUCGAGAGAAGUGGAUCUGUAAAGGUUGAGGAACCUCCUUCGGAAUUAAAAGAGGCCGAAAAGAAGUUUGUUGAUCCAACCAGUAAUGAGUUAGAAAUACAUAUCCAAAAAGAAGAACAAAGACCAUCUCCUUCUGAUGUCGGUAACUGUGGAGGAGAAGUAUUAACUAAGGAAAAUAAGAAUGAAAAAGACAAGACAAGGAAUGUUGAAGACACAGAAAUUUUGUCAAGUUAUUCCUAUCCAAGUUAUUACGAUGAGUUAAUCACUCAAGCUCCAAGCCAAGAAGAAUUUCCUUCUCCAGAAAGCACCAUCAAGGAAGCAAUUAAGGACACCAUUUCCGAUUCCGAUUCAGAUGGAAAAAUGACUUUACAUCAACAGAUUAAGGUAUUGUUGGAGGAAGAGAAAGGUAUCAGAGAGCAAUAUCAACGGCAGGUGGAAGAAUCAGAGAAGAACAUUCGUCUUAUGUUUGAGGCUCAACAACAACAAAAUUCGAAAUGGCAACAACAAAUGGAAGAGAAGAUGGACCAACGCUUCCGUGAGAUGAGAGAGCAAGACCAAAAAACGAGAGAACAACAUUGGGCAGGAUUGGUUGAGCACUUGAUGGAGCAAUUUCAAAAACGACUGGAUCAAUCAGAGAAGAAAAUUCUUCAGCAGCUGGAUGCAUCAGAGAAGAAAACUCAUCGAAUAAUUGAGGAUCAACGUCGCCAAUUAUUGCAAGAGUUCCAAAAUCAAAUGGCAAAGAAUGAUCAUGCAAGCGCCUUGCUCUCCAUUGAAAAACAACACAAGAAGUAA